ACAAAAAGGGAACAAGACAAAGAUACAAGAGUUCAGACACAGUAACAUUCAAUUCAACUCAAGUUCACUUCACUGUGAACACCCAACAAGUCCUGCAAGCUUCAAUGGCACCCAUCCAGAAGAAAUCGAAGAAGGCCAAAAGGAAGAACAAGAAGUUGAAGAAAUGCAAAGAGGUGAACCCUGUUUCUGUUGAGCCCAGAACCAGUGAGACCGAUUGGUGGGAAUCUUUCUGGCACAAGAAUUCCACUGCCCCAGGAUAUUCUGUAUCUGGUGAUGAGGAAGAAGGGUUUAAGUAUUUCUUUAGGGUGUCAAAGACGACUUUUGAAUACAUAUGUUCUCUUGUGAGGCAGGACCUUAUAUCCAGGCCUCCGUCGGGGCUCAUCAACAUAGAGGGAAGGCUUCUUAGUGUUGAGAAGCAGGUUGCCAUUGCCCUUAGAAGGUUGGCAUCUGGUGAAUCUCAAGUCUCAGUUGGAGCUUCCUUUGGGGUUGGGCAGUCAACAGUUUCUCAGGUGACUUGGAGAUUCAUUGAAGCGCUUGAGGAACGUGCCACACAUCAUCUCAACUGGCCUGAUUGCAAUAGAAUGCAAGAAAUCAAGUUUGGUUUUGAAGCAUCUUAUGGGUUGCCUAAUUGCUGUGGAGCCCUUGAUGCCACACACAUCAUGAUGACCCUUCCAGCCGUCGAAACCUCUUAUGAUUGGUGUGAUCAAGAGAAGAAUUACAGCAUGUUGUUUCAGGGAAUUGUUGAUCAUGAAAUGAGAUUCAUUGAUAUCAUGACAGGUUUGCCUGGCGGCAUGACAUUUUCCAGAUUUUUGAAGUGUUCAGGAUUCUACAGACUUUCGCAGAACGGGGAGCGUUUAAAUGGGAAUGUAAGAACUUUAGGAGGAGAUGUGAUCAGAGAAUAUGUAGUUGGUGGGUACAGUUAUCCUCUUCUUCCAUGGCUUAUGACACCUUAUGAAACAAAUGGCAUAUCAGAUUCGCAAUCCACUUUUAACUACAAACAUGGAGCUGCAAGGCUACUUGCUGUGAGGGCUUUCUCACUGUUAAAGGGAAGUUGGAGAAUCCUGAGUAAGGUUAUGUGGAGACCUGAUAAGAGGAAAUUGCCCAGCAUUAUCUUGACAUGUUGUUUGCUUCAUAAUAUAGUCAUCGACUGCGGAGACACAUUACAUCCAGAUGUUGCCUUGUCUGCUCAUCAUGAUUCAGGAUAUCAAGAACAGUAUUGCAAGCAAGUUGAUCCUUCAGGAAGGACUAUGCGAGAAAAUUUGGCCAGACAUUUACGACAUGGCAAUUAGAUGUUCAUGGUACUUUUGUUACCUCUAUUCAUCUAAUUUAGAAUUUGACUUCUGGCCUCCAGCUUUAUGUUGUUGAACUUGGAAACCGAGAUUUCUUUUUCUUGUUGCAAGUUGUGAAUAAGUAAAGCUUAUUUUAUACC